AUGAGAAUACGUCGCCUGGAGGAAGAGCUGUCGCGUGCACGCUAUGCAGGCCAUGGUGGAGCGACGUUGGAUGCGAUGCCUCACUCUCUGUCCGAUCAUGGCACAUCUCUCGGGCUUGUGGCCCGCUCGCCUGCUGACAUGGUAGAUCGGCCAUCUACGCAGGCACCGGCACUGGCGAGCAGUCGGAGUCAGAUCGUCAACACAUCAUCUCCUAUCCACCAGCCCAGCGCAGCCACCGAACUCAUCGGAGAGGCUGAGGCUACCCUGGAAGGUCCCACCUCUUUGAUAGGCCAUUCGAGGAUGGCGAUCGGCUUCCUGGACAUGGUUGCUGGUGUGGACCGACGGAAAGGGUUCGACUUUGACACUGGAGAGCUCCUGAACACACUCAAUCAGAUUGUCCAGGCUCUCAGAAUGCAGGAUGAAUCACCACCAGGUGACCGUCCUGCCACGGCCGGGCUGCCAUCGCAUCGGAAUGCUGAAGGCAUGCCUCCCAUAGCAGCAUCUGUCGCCGCCAUCCGAAAUGCCCAAGACUAUAUCAUUCUCAAUGCCGCGCUCAGUUACCACGAAGAUUCUCCCUCAUCCAGGACCUUCGCGGAGUACAAAUCAACAUGCCUGGGGAAUUUGGAAACCGCCCUCUCGGCCUUACCCCUUCAUAUCCCCCCAAGCACUGAAAUGACGCUAGCGCUGAUACUAGGCGCUGUACAUGCAGUGGACCUGCUCAGGCCAUUUUGGGCGUGGACACUCGUUUCGGCGGCAUACAACAUUGCCUACGUUCUUGGUUGUCACCUUGGGCGACCACGCCUAGCAGAAUGGUGCGACAACUCAAAUCCCUCGGGGAUGUUGUUUUGGGUCAUUUACUUCCUGGAGAAGACGCUCUCCCUUCGACUGGGGCGAUGCUCGACGAUUGCGGACGGCGAGAUCACCGUCAUGCUGCCUGGUGGAAGUCCUGGUUUUGACUACGCCCGCUCGAUGGUCAAGCUCGCGCAGCUGUCUGGCAAGAUAUACGAGAAGCUAUAUGGGGUGCAGGCGCGUGCUGCAUAUCGCGCACAGGGAACACUCCCUGUACGAGAGUUGUCUCAAGAACUAGAUGAGAUCUCGCAGAGAUCUCAAAAAGCUCUUCAAGAAUGGCGACUCACCGGCCCAAGCAAUGACUGGCGCCAGGUGAUCGACUUCCUAUACGCCUCGGACAAUGUCCUGCUGCAUUCUAUGCAGACACUGAUACAUCGAACCGUGUCGGCCCCCAGUACCGUCAGCUCGUCGACUUCGUUGACCGCGGAAUGCAUUGCCUCGGCACGGGAAGCUCUCGCCUGCCAUCAGUCAUGCCCAGCCGUGCUUGCUGGAGUGCAGUCAGCCUUCCUCUCUUCGUACAUAAGCUGGUUCAUCAUGUUACGGCCCUUUACACCCUUUAUCGUGUUGUUCUGUCACGUCUUGGAGACCGGGAAUCAAGAAGACUUGGGACGGAUGCACAGGUUUAUCGCUUCGAUGGAGUCGGUCAGUCCCGGUUCUGACGCAGCUCGCAAGCAUCAACGUCUCUUUCAAGUGUUCCACGAUGUCGCCCUCCGCUACACACAACUGAAGACGACGUCUGCGCUGGCGCACGGUGAUGGCGGCUUGCAUGUUAGUGAUGAGAUCGGCAGCUGUCUCACAGCCAUGGGGUUUGAGUUACCGAGCGAAGUGACAGGCGGUUGUAACAGUGGCAAUGAUACGUCGCUUCUGUUGGGAGUUGCAGACGCAGCGCAACCACUGGAUGUGGACCUGUCGACCGCCGAGUUGCUCUACUGGUUCCAGGUAAACCAGCAGAUGGUGGAGACUGACCGAAUGUGGCUCUAG